CGUCCCCGUGCGUUUCUCCUGUGUCUGAGAUUGUUUUUUUUCUCUAUAUAGAGACAGAAAAGAGCAACGUUUUUAAGGGGACUCUGUUUUUCACACCAUUACUUCCAAAGGCCCAUACAAACAGUGGUUUUCAUAUUGAACUUUUCGCCUGAAGGAGCUGCGGAGAGGGAAGGCAGGAGACCUAGUUUGCAAUGCUGCCUUCCACUUCCCCGUCGCCUAGUAACUAUUUCUACGGCAACCGCGCCGUCAACGACGCUAAGCAACCCCAAGAGGAAUACAAAGGGUAUCUUCCCAAGAGAGGAUCGCUAAGAAGAGGUCAAAGGAGAAUUACGUGAAAGAGAGAAACGUUAGUUCCUUAAGACGGCAAGGGCGUAGGAAAGGGGAAACGGUGAAGAAAGAGACUGAGAUAGUGGUAUAGUGAGAAAAAAGAAAGUUGAGUAGUUUUUAGGAGUCAUUUGGUGGCCAUGGAUCCAACAUGCUCUUCUGAGAGCAUUUAUAACCUCAUACCCAGUGACUGGAAGGAGCCUCCCCAGCCUCCUAGGUAUGUGUCAAUUUUUAAGACAGCUGUAAAAGAGGACAUGCACAAAUUUAAAACUACAAUGAAAACUAUGGGACCGCCAAAAGUUGAUGUACCUUCUCCAAAGGAUUUCCUGAAGAAACAUUCAAAGGAAAAAACUUUACCACCCAAAAAAAAGUUUGAUCGGAAUGAGCCCAAAAAACCUUCUGUGCCACUGAGGACUGAUCACCCAGUCAUGGGAGUACAGAGUGAAAAAAAUUUUAUCCAUACGAAUGCAGCCGAUGUCAUUAUGGGAGUGGCUAAAAAGCCUAAACCAAUUUUCGUGGACAAGAGAACUGGAGACAAGCAUGAUCUGGAACCUUCAGGACUAGUUCCAAAAUACAUCAAUAAAAAGGAUUAUGGUAUCACACCUGAAUAUAUAUGUAAGCGAAAUGAGGAAGUAAAGAAAGCCCAAGAGGAAUAUGAUAAGUAUAUCCAGGAAAACCUCAGGAAAGCAGCUAUGAAAAGGCUAUCUGAUGAAGAAAGGGAGGCAGUUCUACAGGGGCUGAAAAAGAACUGGGAGGAGGUGCACAAGGAGUCCCAGUCCCUCUCGGUCUUCAUCGAUUCCAUACCGAAGAAGAUACGCAAGCAGAAGCUGGAAGAAGAAAUGAAGCAACUGGAACACGACAUUGGUGUCAUUGAAAAGCACAAGAUUAUUUAUAUUGCCAAUAAGUAAAGAUGGAUUUUUAAAGUAUGAUAACUUUAAUAUAGGAAAACAAAGAUGGAAAGCAUACAAAUGAAACUAGAAGUUUUUCAAAGAGGAAAAUACUAUGAAGAGAAUAAAAAUAGUUUUUACCACAAUGCUUAGGCAAUGUUUAAAGAAUAAUUGGAUUUUUUUUACUUACACAAGAGAGAAUAAUUUUGUUAACCAG